AUAACAUCAUGAGAUUCAUAGCGGAUUUGAUUCAUCUCAUGUUGAUUCAGCCGGAGUGAACGGAUCCGCGCCGGUUCUGUUGCGGGUUCUGCGGGAUUCGGGCCCGAUUCUGGUUCUGCGGUUUUUCCAGAUGAUUUAAACGGAGUCACGAAUCGCGAUUCUGAUUCGGAUCUGAUGCGCGUGAAUGAAACGCCGAUAUUCUGAACCCAAUGGCGAUAAACAACACGAAUAUAAACAUCUAUAUUAAUAAUCUGAAAUCCUUUAUGUGCUGAUCUUCAUUCGCGCUUUUAUUGAUGGGAUCCUGUUCAUGUAAAUGAUCUGUUAUUACUGUUUAUUUACAUGAUCAGCCCGUGUAUUGUUAUUGUGCUGAAUCAAAGAACACGAGCAUUCUUCUGGUUCUGAUUCGGUUCUGGAAUGAAUGUGCUCCUGCAAACACACACGAUGAUGAUGAUGAUGAUGAAGAGCUGAUGAAGAUGAUGACGAUGCUGGAGUCACAGAAUGCGAGUCAGGAGAUCGGUGAGGAGGUGGAGGAUGGAGUCGUGUUCAGUAUCUCUCUGAGGAAGGUCCAGAUGUAUCAGACGGGCGGUAAAGGUCAGCGCUGGUUGGGUGUGGACUCGGACGCGUCCGUCAGUCUGUAUGACACGUGUAAGAUGCGGACCAUUAAAGCGGGAACACUGGAGCGUCUGGUGGAGUACAUGGUGACCGCCUUCAGAGGAAACGACUCCACAUACGUCACCAUCUUCCUCUGCACGUACAGAACGUUUGCUACAACCAAACAAGUGCUCGACCUCCUGCUCAACAGAUACGCUAAACUGCAGCAUCAUCCCGGCGGUGAAGCACGUAGAAUGACCCCCGAUGAACGCACAGAACUCAGGAACACUAUCUCCUCUAUACUGGGCGCCUGGCUGGAUCAGUAUUCCGAGGACUUCUGGAAACCUCCGGAAUACAGCUGUCUGAGACGACUGGUCCACUAUCUGCAGCUCAACUUCCCCGGCUCUGAUCUGGAGCGACGCGCGUGUAACCUCCUGACUCAGUUCCACCGCAGACUCCAGCAGGAAUCAGACCAGGACGUGUUGGAUCAGGGAUGUUCUUUCACACUGCUGGAGGAGAACGGAUUUGAUGAAGAUCGGCCUGAUUUCUUGACCUUUGACCCUACAGUGGUGGCGGAGCAGUUUACCCUCAUGGACGCAGAGCUGUUUAAGCGUGUGGUGCCGUAUCACUGUCUGGGCAGCAUCUGGUCUCAGAGAGAUAAGAAAGGAAAAGAACAUCUGGCGCCGACCAUCAGAGCAACCGUCACACAGUUCAACUGCGUCACCAACUGCGUCAUCUCCACCUGCCUGAGUGACCGGACGCUCAAACCCACCCAGAGAGCGCGAGUCCUGGAGCACUGGAUCCAAGUGGCCCGAGAGUGUCGGAUCUUGAAGAAUUUCUCGUCUCUGCGUGCCAUUCUGUCGGCGCUGCAGUGUAACCCGGUUCACCGGCUCAAGAGGACGUGGGACGAGGUGUCACGAGAAAAUAUUCGCAUCUUCCAGGAGCUUUCCGAGAUCUUCUCUGAUGAGAACAACCACUCACUGAGCCGAGAACUGCUCAUAAAGGAGGGAACAUCUAAAUUUGCCACUCUGGAGCUGAACCCGAAACGAGCCCAGAAGCGGCAGCAGCCACAGAGAGAUCUGACGGUGAUGCAGGGAACCAUUCCUUAUUUGGGAACGUUCCUCACAGAUCUGGUGAUGAUGGACACGGCCAUGAAAGACUAUCUGGAUGGUGGCCUGAUCAACUUUGAGAAGAGAAGAAAGGAGUUUGAGGUCAUCGCUCAGAUCAAGUUGUUGCAGUUGGCGUGUAAUAAUUAUAAUUUUCGGCGUGUGUCUGGUUUCAGUGCUUGGCUCUCCAGCGUGGAGAAACUGACAGAGGCCGAGAGUUACAGUCAGUCGUGUGAGAUCGAGCCGCUCUCUGAAUCGGCCUCAAACACUCUCAGAGCCAAGAAGAGUUCCGGAAUCAUGAAGAGAUGGAGCGACCGUCAGCCGGUGGGUUCUGGUGAAGGAGGUUCCAGCAGUUCUCACUCAAAGUCGUUCGAUCAGCUGCGGUUCCCGCCGUGUGUGAGCGGUUCUGUGGGCGACGGCUGCGACUCUGUCAGUGUGACGUCUGCGGGCUCCAGCAGCUCUGACGUGGAAGAGGUCAACAUCAGCUUUAUCUCGGACUCACCAGACGCUUUGGAGAGGAAGAUGUCAACGCCCUUCGUAAAACAUUCCAAUUCUACCUUAGGAAAGUGCGGCCCGCCAGCAGACCUGAUACCAACGUUCUGGGAGUCCACGUCUCUGUCGUCUCUGGACGCCUCAGGUCUCGGCUCAGGUUCGGGCUCCAGCAGUGCCUCCUCGUCUUCGGUGUCGUCCACACCGGUCACAGCGUCCCGCUCACACAAGCGCUCCAUCUCGGGGGUGUCCAGUUACUCGUCUCUGUCCUUGCCGCUGUACAACCAGCAGGUGGACGAUUGCUGCAUCAUCAGAGUCAGUCUGGAUGUGGACAACGGAAACAUGUACAAGAGUAUACUGGUGACCAGUCAGGAUAAGACUCCAGCAGUGGUCAGGAAAGCCAUGGUUAAACACAACCUAGACCGGGAGAGAGCCGAAGAUUACGAGCUGGUUCAGAAAAUCAGUGAAGACAAGGAGCUGAAGAUUCCUGACAACGCCAACGUUUUUUACGCCAUGAACUCCACGGCCAACUACAACUUUGUGUUGAAGAAGAGAGGUUUCCCCAGAGCGGGUCGAACCAAACACGUGGCUAGCUCCACGCUGCCUCGAAUGAAACAGAAAGGUCUUAAAAUCGCUAAGGGAAUCUUCUGAACUGACUGACUCCGCUCACGAUAGGAUUUAAGCGUUCAGCAGAUCCGGCCGGCACCGCUCGGACUUGUAAAGGUGUCAUGAGGAGUUUGGCAGGGACUGCCGAUCUUUAUGUUUACAGCCAUUCCUGAAACUCCUAAACCACUUUCCACAUCAGCCUUCGUCUGUGAUGUCACUACCAGGUCUGCUUCUGAUGUCACUUCCUGUGAGCUGUAAGCUGAUGUGUUUUCUGUCCAAGGACUGAACCGGCAACUAAGAGGAGAAUGCAGGCAGUUUGGACGCUUGUGACAUCCGGUGUUCCUUUCAGUCAAUGUGAAACGCCGUUCACAACCCAUUUUACUUCUCUGAUGUAUUUCUGUAGGGCAGGACUUGGUGUUAGCCGUGGGGGAAUUGCCUGGAUGGUGAAAAGCCAGAUUGGAGCCAUGUGGUUGGAGGGGUGGAAAAGUAAGUAGGACGUUGAUGACGUCCACCAAGAAAAGUCGUUUCAGGACAAAGGCAGAACUAUUGUUUCAUUGGAAAAACAUCCACUGAUGAAUCGUUCACAUUAACACCAGAGAACGAGUAUUAGGAAAGUAAAUAGAGUCAUUUAUUUCAUGUUGGAGGGGUACCAGAAUGCAUCUCUUUUCUUCAUGCUUUAGUUCCUCACUUUCAUUGCCAGUCCAAAUGGCGAAUGUUGCAAACACUCAAUAAUUUGAUCGUAGUAACAGCAAGAGUCUGAAAUAACAAUUCGAUGCCCUGAGUUUUGAGGAUUUGCACAAUGUUUUGGGUGUGUUGUCGAUGUUGUUGUCGCGGUAUCGUUCAACCCUGCCCUGUGAUUGGCUGAAGAGAGAAACGUAAGGUGACAUUGCACAGAAAAAGAGACGAGAGUUUUGCCGAGUUUGUUUUUGUACCUGUAGUUCAGCGAUUGUCCAUGACUGAAUGCACACAUGACUGAGUGGCAGCGACCCGCCAUAUCUCCAGAUCUCAGAUCUUUUAUACACAACUGUGUGCGUCUGUGUGCGUGCAUGAGCUUGCUAUGUGUGUUCUUAAAGUCCCUGUAUGUGUGUUCGUGUCUUGUGUUUUAUAACUGAAAGGGCCAAAGAUCAAUGCUCAUUUCACAAGCGUGUCCGUCUCUUGAGGUCAGCACUGCCUGUUCAGGAAAAUCAACCUUUUCCCAAGAUCUGUCCGAUCAGUUUGGAAUACCACGCAUAUCUGGUGCCAUUUGUAUUUUUCACUGUCAAAAGAGAAAGAAAGAAGACUUUAUUAACUCACACACUGUUUUUGUAUGUUCUUUUUUGUAAUUUUUGUACAAUAUGAAUUGUCCUUUGUACUUUUGCCUUUUAUUUAGUUUGCGUGUGUUUGCCGGUGUAUUUAUUGAUUUGUAAAUACUUUUUGUAGCAUUGUACAUUUAGUUUCUCCUCCCAUGUAAUUAUAAAUGAAUAUGUAAAUAUGAAUAUAUCUAUGCGAAGUUUAUACCACUGCGAUUAUGGGUUUGUGUUUCUUUCAGCUCCCUGUUGGGUUUCUGUUUGGUUAAAUUUGGUAUUGUUUUCCCUCAUGAUGCACUGUUUCUAAUAUUGGAGAAAACACUAAUAAACACAUGC